GCUUAGGAAGUAACAUACGGUGUUUGGUGGGAUUCGAAUUUAUACUUUCGUAAUACGAAAAUAUGCAGCGUACAUGUUGCUUCACAUGGAAGAUCGUUCCAAAACGUGCUUUUUUUCUCUCCUGUGUUUAGUUUUCUAAAGCGUCGGGAAAUACUACGCCCGUGUAGAAAACCACAACCAUUCAAACGACUGAUGAGUUAUACAGUUGCGAGAGAAAAUAUACUGUCAGUUAACAGGGAAAAAGUAUGUGAUUCUUGAGUUUCUCCCGGCGUAUUUGAUAAUCAAAAUAUCCACGGGUGUACUGCCGGUCUAUAGUGUCCAACGGGCACAAUAUUUCGGCGAUCAAACAUGUCACCAUCAUCAGGUGAACUGACGGACUGAGCUCCUGUGAACGUGCCGGGAAAAAAAUGAUGAUAACCUGGAGCAGAGUCGCCGUCUGUCGGUGGCAUCACCAAAUGUCAGAAGCAGGCAGCGGAUGUCUACUGAUGCUCCACAUGUGUUGGGAUCAGAUAUGAUAGUUCACUUUACUCAGUGCUUGAAGUUGUCAUCUGAAAAUAAAAUUAACCCAGGAAAUGCUUUCCAACUGGAGAUGAUUGAUUAUAUGAUAUCAAUGCUAAGCUCUAAGGAUAGUAAGAUGGACAAUUUUCAGAUUGCAAGUUUCACACUUGAUGCUAGUACGAAGAUAUAUGCCUCUCGUGUUGACAAAGUACAUUCAGAUGGUAUGAAGAUUGCAGGUGGUUUGUUUAAAGCUGUUGUUAGAAAGGAAAAGCAGGGUGCAGUAGGAGACGAUCAUGAUGAUGAUGGACCAGAUGGGCACAAGGCUGAAAGCAAAGCGAGGCAACGGGCUCGCAGAAGGGUGAGAAAAAUCAUAACGGAACCAGAGUCCUUAAAUGCUCCUUUACAGCAAAAUUAUAAACUGCAUCCCUCAUUACUAUUCAUGAAUACCAAGUUUAGUGAUUGCCGUCCGGGCUGUGUCAAUCUCAUGCCAAGGAUUUCAGUAGUUGGAGAUACACAAAAACUGCAAUUUCUGUGUUCUGAACCUGCCCUUGGUUCUUCUGAUGUAGGCAUGGAGGAUCAACUUGCUGACGUCCCAACAUUAUCAGAUUUGACGAAUCUGAAAAUUACAUCCCACAAAAUAGAACCUGCUGACUUUUUGGAUGAUGAUCUAGCUACAGGGAUGGGUCAGUGUGUCAUUGGUGAAGGUUUAGAUCUGUCUGUGGUGACUGAAAAGCUGAAAAUGGAUCUGCAGUUGGAAAAUAAUUUUGAGGAUGAUCCCUGUCAAGGUUCAGUCCUUGAAGCUCAUGAAGAUGAUGGUGACAGGGAGCCAUCUAAUAGUCCAGAGGUCCAUAACUUUGAUAUUCGAAGUCAUCUGUCAUCAAAAUCACAGGAAUACUCUUACUUUAAUAUAGAGAAACUAUCACUUUGGCGAGGCCCAUCACAUUGGAAAGUUUUUGCGUCAAAAGACAAAACUGACGACACAGAGAAAGUGAGAAGGAAACAGAGGCCAAAGAAAAAAGUGAAGAACCUAUUUCCAGAAGAACCUGAACAAAACAUUGAUGAGAAGUUGCAGAAGGGGAGAUCACAGAAGCUUACAAAGAGAACAACGCAGAAAUGGCAGGAGAGUAAAGUAACUUCUCAACCUGAUGUACACUAUGAAAAUAGUCACUUUCGAAGGUUAUAUCAUAAUACAAAUUUCCUCAUCAAAUUUGUAAGUGAGCGAAAUUUGCCAAUGUCAGGAGCAGAAGUGGUGGAUGAUGGUGACGCUGUAAAUUAUGACUAUUGCAAUCCAAAUGACACUCUGGAGUACUGUCCAAAUGUUCCAAACUGUGAUGAAUCAUCGUCAUCAGAACAUGAAGAUGAUGGACAUGAAUUGCAAGAAGUUAAUGGCCAUCCAGUCACACCAACUAGAGAUGAAAGGGAAAGUGUAUGUCAGUGGAAACUGUUGACUCCACCUACAGUGGCAACAAAAAUUAGCAUACCAUAUGCAAAAGAGUCAAAAAAAGUUGACAUGGCAAGGCUGAAGGCCACAAUGUGGUCUAUUCUUAAACAGUUUUCAGCUUGUAAUUCUGAUAAACAAAAUGGCAAACUGCAGGAGAUAGUGGGUGUACUCACCAAACCAGAAGGAACUGUAACCCAUUUCAGUAAAUUGUUAUCUGAAACAAAGGCUACGUGGCCUGAUGAUACAAAGGCUGAACUGAGUUUUGCUAUUGUAUUUCAGGCACUUCUCCAUUUGACAAAUGAAAAGAAAAUGCACUUAAAGUCAAAUGAUGAUUUAAGUGAUGCAAUUAUAUUUUGCCCUAAGAGUUCAUGUAAUAUUUAAUGGAAGGAAAUGAGAUGCAUUCAUAGUUUCUCUUCUUUGGCAACUGAUUUUCGUUAACAGGUGUCUCAGCAUUUUCAUCAAUUCAAAGAAAUAAUGGUUGCAAAGAAACUAGAUCUUACCAGGAACACAAGGUGUACACAAUUUGUUAAUCUAAAUAAGAUUAAAACACAUUGUUAAUUUGUAAGUGUUUUAGAGAUGAUGAUGAUGAUGAUGAUGAUGAUGAUGAUGAUGAUGAUGAAUAUUUGAAAGCCUGGAAUCUACUCUGAAUACAUGUGAUGGAGAAAGGUGUGUAAUCCACCUUAGAUUAAGUUAGUUAAAUCAGAUCUCUUAACUCAGUUGUUUAACUGUCUAUUAUGCAGUUAUGUAAAAAUGUAUGUUACUUGAAAUUGCAGAGAUUUUCAACAGAAAGCAUUAUUCUUUUAUAUAAUAUGUAAUUGAUAGUUACUUUUGCGCAUUCUUUAAAUGUUUAAUAGUGUGCAGGGUUGAAAAAUUGAAGAUUGUUGUGUAGUUUCAUGAAGUACAUGUAGAUACUCUUUAAUAUUGUUGAAUUUAUUGUAUUAUAAAUUCUAUUUUAAUGGGCUUUAGACUACAUAUAAAUUAUUGUAUCACUAUUAAAAUAAUUUUAAAUUCAGUCAGUGUAAACUUUCAUAGCUAGUGUUCAAACUUCCAGGGUGAGAGACAAUGGUCAUACAUGAAACUAUUUCAUGACAUUUUGUCUACAACAGUUGGAGACAAAACAUCAGGGAAUAGUUUCAUAUAUUCUCCCAGACCAGAUGUUUUAACUGAAGAAAUUUACAUUAUUAGUGAUAAGUCUUUGUAACAUUUUCUAAAGGGCAAACUGUUCAGUGACAAAAUUCACUGUUGCAGCUUCAGACAUGUGGCCAUUACCAAAUAGAGUACUGCAAAAAUUGUGCUUUAGCAAAAGUCAAAACGUCAAUAUAUAUGUGCACGCACACUGUCAAUAUGCUGAGUAUUUAAUUGAAAGUCAGGAAAAGUUACUCUUUGAAGCUUGUUUUUCCUUGAAAUACUGAUAUUGAAACAUAUUUCAUAAUCUAACGACAGAUAGCAUGAAAAUGUUACGAUACUUAAUAUAAUGCUUUUUGAAGUUUCCUUUUUUAUCAGACUAUGAUAUUAGAAGUAAUUUAUUAAUUCAACAAGAUGUUUGUAGAGUAUUUUUAUAUAUUUAUGUAAUCAGAGCUAUAAUUUUAAGUUAACUUUCUAAUCAGUGAAAUAACUAUUAAAUAAAUUUAAAAACAAAUCUAUAGUGUUUUAAUCUACUGCACAGUGCAAUGAGUCUCUCUGGUAAUUUAUGUUCAACAGCAACAGAUAAUUCUUUCUCUGUAUUUGUGUUGUGUCCUGUACAUGUUGGUAGAGUGUGAUGCAGAUAAGAAAAAUAUGUACUCAGUAAUAAAUUAAAUUAAAUUAGAUUUUAUAGAUCUUAAUGUUAAAUAUCAUACAUGGGGUAUUAAGACCACAUAACUUGUCAGCUGCCACUUUCAUCACAGCCAUUUCUGAUUGACAUACAUGAAUCAAUACAAAGGUUUCUGGAAACUUCUUGGUAGAUUAAAACUUCGUGCCGGACCGAGACUCGAAUCUGGGACCUUUGCCUUUCGCGGGCAAGUGCUCUAUCGUCUGAGCCACCCAAGCACAACUCACGAUCUGUCCUCACAGCUUCAGUUCUGCCAAUACCUUGUCUCCUACCUUCCAAACUUAACAGAAUCUCUUCUGUGAACCUUGCAGAACUAGCAUUCCUGGAAGGAAGGAUAUUGCGGAGACGUGGCUUGGCCACAGUCUGGGGGAUGUUUCCAGAAGGAGAUUUUCACUUUGCAGUGGAGUGUGUGCUGAUAUGAAACUUCCUGGCAGAUUAAAACUGUGUGCCCGACUGAGACUCGAACUUGGGACCUUUGCCUUUCACAGGCAAGUGCUCUUGCUCACGAAAGGCAAAGGUCCGAAGUUCGAGUCUCGGUCUGGAACACAGUUUCAAUCUGCCAGGAAGUUUCAUGUUAGUGCGCACUCUGCUGCAGAUUGAAAAUCUAAUUUGGCAAAGGUUUCUUGUUGGCAUUGUUAAGGAGGGGAGGGGGGGGGGGCGGAAGAGAGAGAGAGAGAGAGAGAGAGAGAGAGAGAGAGAGAGAGAGAGAGAGAGAGAGAUUGAUCUUUAUACAUUCUGCUGUGCCAACGGAUGUUUGUUAGUACCUUGAGUUGGGGAAAGUUGCCGCUGAAAGAGUGAAUUACUGUGGGCAACACUGUGUUGGUGACAGGGUUCAGAAAAGAAUAUUGCAGACUGUAAAAACCAAUAAAAAGGCCACAGCACACAAAACAUUGCCCAAGGUAUGGCAGGAGCACUUUGCUCAAUUAUCCUAUUCACCAGGUGGAAUCCAGCUUUCUGCCUUUAGUAAUCAAUCAAUUUGGCAGAUGGGAUUGAUUAUGACAGACAACUGCCUUUUGUAUUGUAAACCUGUAUACUGCAUUGUAUGAGGCACAUAAGACACUGGGUCAUUACAAAAUCCACAAUAGCAUAGUGCUGUAUUUUGCAGAAUUCCUACUUGAAUCUGAUACAUGAAAGGGUUUAUUUUCUGAUGACCUGCGGAUUUGAGAAAUGUUAAGGAAUCUGUUUAUUCUUUCUUAAAAUGUGUAAUGAUGAUGGCCAUGGAAGCCUGAAAAUAAAGUUAUUAAAAGAAUGUUUAAAGUCUGUUA